AUGGAGGGCGAAAUGGAUGAGGAGAUGCUGCACCAGCUGUACCUGUGGGUGGACAACAUCCCCCUGUCCCGGCCCAAGCGGAACCUCUCGCGGGACUUCAGUGACGGAGUACUGGCUGCUGAGGUGGUGAAGUUUUACUUCCCUAAGAUGGUGGAGAUGCAUAACUAUGUUCCAGCCAAUUCUGUACAGCAGAAAGUUAACAACUGGGUGCACCUGAAUAGGAAGGUGCUGCACAAGCUGAACUUCUCGGUCCCGGAGGACGUGAUCCAGAAGAUCGCUCAGUGCUCCCCCGGGGUGGUGGAGCUGGUGCUGCAGCCGCUGCGCGAGAGGCUGGAGGAAAGGAAGCGGAAGAGACAGGGGGUUGGCUCCUCCCAGGAGCUGGGUCCCCUGGAAGGCAGUAGCUACAUGGAUAUGGGUACGCUCACGUCCCUGGGCGGCUUCUCCUCCUUCUCUAACUAUGCCCCGUGUUUCUCCCAGAAGAAUCAAACCACUGUAGAUGGCCGGAAAGCUGGGCAGCUCAGGGCAGGCAAGUCUCUCCCUACAUAUAGCCAGACCUUGCAGGUGGAACCAAAUUUUCUAGUGCAGAUGGCUGAGAAGGAACAAGAGUUGCUGGCCUCGCAGGAGACAGUUCAGGUCCUUCAGAUGAAGGUGCGACGCUUGGAACAUCUACUCCAGCUCAAAAAUGUCCGCAUUGAUGAUCUGAGUCGACGCCUCCAGCAGGCCCAGCGCAAGCCGCGGUGA